UGAAAAUGUGGGAGAAAAAGGACGACUAUAAAUUAAACGAGAAGAAAUUGAAACAAUUCGAUGUAGACUUGGUAUGUGGACAGAGAUGGCUCUACGCGACCGCCAUAAGAUCCCAAAGUCCCUCCUUUUCCAUUCCAUAUAUAAUCUUCGAGCUCGGUCGAUCGAAUGCGAGCUUUCUUUGCGAAUCUCUCUUCUGGUUGGUAAAUAUCGCAGCUUUUGAGGAUUUUUGGAGAUGAAGCAGAAGACGUGCGAGCUCUGCUGCGGCGAGGCGGCGGUGUUCUGCGAGGCGGACGCGGCCUUUCUCUGCUGGACCUGCGACGCGUCGGUCCACGGCGCCAACUUCCUGGUCGCUCGCCACCUCCGCCGGGUUGCCUGCGCGAGCUGCGACGCCCUCUGCCCCGCCAACCACGUCCUCGAUCGCGCGCGGCGCCUCUGCGAUUCGUGCUCCCCCGACCGGGACCACUCCGACGCGUCUUCGUCCUGCUUAUCUACUUCCGAGUCUUCCGCCGCGGCGGCGGCGCCGCCUCGCCGGUCGCCCGCGGCGGUGGCGAAGAGGCGGCUCGGAGAGACGGAGGCAGUCCUGCUCGCUUGGAGCCGACGGAUGGGGCUGCGGAACGUCCGGCGCUGCUCCGAAGCGGCGGCCCGGAUGGCCGCCGAGUGCAGCAGAACGAAACCGACACUGCCUUUUAAAGUGGCCCUCGCGGCCGCGCUGUGGUCGUCCAUCAAGCGCUUCGACAUCGAGGCGGCAGAGGCAAAGUCGAAGGCCGGAGCAGAGGCACUCGGAGGGCUGGAGGCGAGCUCCGGCGUGCCCGCGAGACUGAUUGUGACCGCCGAGUGGAGGAUCGCCCGGCGAGUUCGAGUCGCGGACGCGGAGGGCUGGGCGGAGUGCGCGUAGAACGAUGCCAGCCACAUGUUUUGUACUUUUUUAUAAUUUAACCGUCAAUUUCGAAUAAUAGUAGACUUGUGAUGGUUUUUCAAAAGAGAAGUGUAAAGAUUUAUCGUCCUUGAAGUUUGUGGUUAAACUUUAAUAAAUAAAAGAAAAAUGGUUGUCAA